CCAGGGCCUCGUCCUGGAUCAGGACUGGGCUGGGAAUGGAUCCGUUUCCAGUCGGUGGCCUGGUCAGAGUGUCUCAGCUCACGAAGCGUCCAGAGUUGAAUGGCAUGCUUGGGCAGGUGCUCCGAUUUGUCCCGAGCACAGGUCGUUGGGUGGUACGUGUUGAAGGCUCGCGAAAGGAGUUGGCGCUGCAAUCCGCUAAUUUGGAGCACCUCGCCUCUCUUGAGACGACUCGGAUGUCGCAAGUCUUUCCGCAGCUCUCUCUCGCAUUUCCCGACGCGGAGAGCGUCAAGCAUGUAUUUCACACGUCGACGUGGCCAUGCGGCUUCGGUCCAGAGGCCCGGGACUUCGCGGAAAAGUUCUUGCAGGACGGAUUUCUGGCUGCAACGGUCCUCAGGUGGCAGAGGACCGUCUCCAGGCAGCACAGCCACGGCACAGAAGAAUGGAUCAAGUUGCACGGCCUUUGUGGGACGGCCAUUGGCGACGUGGUUGAUUGGAAGGCAGACAGCAGGAUCCGUAAGCGUACUUCGGAAGGUUUUCACACGUUCCGCACCAACUUCAGCAACUCACCAUCCGAGACCGUGGACCUGGAACCUGGAUCUAUCCAUGUGGCAGUUGGCUGCAACGACUUGAGCAUCCUGCUGAAGGCCAACAUCUUAGAAAGCGGUUCGGGCAAGGAUGGCCCCAUUGUGUAUGUCGGCGUGGACCUGAGUUUCUGCUGCAUAGCGAAGUGCACCGUCAUCGUAGAAAUGCUCCACGAUUCGCAGACGCCCCUGGCUCAUGUUUAUCAGGUGUGGUAUUCGUCGACUUGGACUUGCGGGGCGCUCGCGUCAUUCCGCCUUGCGGUCGAGCGCAGCACGCGCCUUCCCGAUGUAUGUGCAGACGUGUUGCAGUUGCUUCUGCAUUGGCAGUCUGUUGAACCGCUUCCCCUCGAGGAAGCCCGCAUCCAGUGGCUCGCAAUGUUCAGGAGUGAAGAGCGUCGCUGGGACGCUUGCAACAUCGCAAAUUUUGCUCGCCUGGUCGACGUACGUAGCGCCCGUCACUACUUCCUGACUGGCGAAACUUUUCCGCCAGACCAGAGGGACUCGCCAGAGGUUGGCAGCAUCUGCAUGUGGAGUGUACCACCAUGGUGCCCUGCAUUGUUGAAUGCAGAUUCCAUAUUCGCUGUCACCAGCUUGGACGACAUCCUCACGGAACUGCAUUCUGGGCGUGGCGUGUGCGACGUCUUCGCUGCCCGUGUCGUCCGCGGUUUGGGUCGCGUCAGAAACAUGUUGAUUCGAAAAUGUCUGAACAUCAAGCUGAUCAGAGCAGAGGUGCACCCAUCAAAGGAGGAUCAGAUAAAGGACAUAGCAGCACUGCGCCCGAAUAGCGUGAGCUGGUCAAACUUAAUGGAUUACUCCGACGACGCAGCCGCAUUCCACCGCCUUGCCAGGUCCAUAGCUCCUGACAUGGCCACAGUCCAUUACGGCUACUCAAUGGAGUGGGUGAAGGAUGUACACGGCAUCCCGAUGGCAGACUAUGGCAAAAGAGACAUGCAUGAUUUGCGGGCGGGUAUUCUGAUGACGACUAAUGGCCAGGCAGCCACAAGUUUCUCGUCUGAAGCAGGGCUAGGCGAAAUUCUCAAGUUCCCUGACGUCUCCUGCCCGAGUCGCUUCUUUCUGUACUGCACGGCGAUGCGGUUCCACAUGAGGUGGGCGGAAUGGUUUGCGAAGCAGGACCGUGCAGGCGGAGCGAGUCUACACAAGGUGUACAUGGACCUACCUUUCUUGAUGCACCGUCGCUUCCCCACGAACGUGCAGUUGACAUGGACCUAUGCGGAGAGCGGAACAGCAGUGGCCCCCCUCCCGACCAAAAGCAUCCCAUGCACGGCAAGAGAUGCUUUUUCGGCGACGUUGGCGCUCGAGCUUGACAAGCACUUCCAUGCCCAUGCCCAUUUGAAAUUGUGA